AUGUCAGAAGGGGACAGUACUGGCGAGUCCAUUCAUGGCAAACCUUCAGUGGUCUUUAGAUUUUUCACAAGACUUGGACAGGUUAGUUUCACAUCAGGGGCUGAGAGAUGCAUAAAUAAAAUCAAAGGAGUUAUCACUCAGGGUGGUUUAAAGCUGCAACUUACAGAAAGGAACUGCAGCCAGAUCUCUCACCUUCUACUUGCCCAUAGGAGUGGUGGAAGAGGCAUCAGAUAUCUGGGGAACUCUUGACUGGGAGCACUCAAAUUGCACUGUGUGCACAUUCAAGAUUGCACCCACCAUGCAGUCAGUCCUGCAAAUAGUUCUGUAUUUUUGAGUCCUGUUGAACUCAAUGAGACGACCAUGUGUGAAACGUGUGCUCCCCUCCAACGUUGUUGGGCUACAGCUCCCAUCAUCCCUGACCAUUGACAAUGCCGAUGGGAGCUGGAGCCCCAAAACUCCAGUGUACACUGUACUGUAGUAGUAGUAUUAGUAGUAGUAAUAAUAAUAAUAAAUAUACCCCGCCUAUCUGGCUGCGUUCCCCCAGCCACUCUGGGCGGCUCCCAACAGAAUAUUAAUAAUAAUAAUAUUAAGAUUAUUAAGAAUAUUAAGAAUAAUAAGAAUAAUAUUAAUAUUAAAAACACGAUAAAACAUCAAACAUUAAAAACUCCCCUAAACAGUAUACAGGAUCGCUGCUGUAAUUGUUAGCUAUACAAUGCUGUUGUAAUUGCUUGCAGUUUUUUGACAGGUGAUAUGCUGUUAUUAUUAGCAACUUGAUGAAUAAUACUGCAUUUUUUCUAGAUUUAUCAGUCCUGGUUAGACAAAUCUACUCCUUAUACUGCAGUGCGAUGGGUUGCAACGCUGGGUUUAAGUUUUAUCUACAUGAUAAGAGUUUAUCUACUGCAGGUAAGAGGACUGAGCACCACUUGCAGAUCCUGCUGCAUGUGUGUGGAGUCACUCUGUUUAUUGUUGGUUCAGAGAUAUUUAUGUUUGAUGGAAGCAACAGUUUUUACUUCCUUUACAUACCUUUAACGAGAGAUACAUGUGAUAUGCAAGAUAAUUGUCUGCACAAAUGAAAUGUCACAGAACUAAUAUGAGUAGCAUUGAAAAAUAUUUGAUUCAGAAGAUAAUAGUACUGUACUGAUUAUUGAAGCAGUAUCUUAUCAUAAUAAAUAAUGAACAUAAUAAACCUCCUGUUAGUUUUGUGCAAGGAAAGAAUGGUAAUCUGAAAGCACUUCUGUGAUUCUGUUUUUGUGUCUGUUUGGGUAUAACCAGUGUUAAGGGUUUUCUUCAGGGCUGGAGAACCCGUUGCUUUCCAGAUGUUGCUGGAUUGCAGUUCCCAUCAUCUCUUAGCAUCGACCACUUUAACGAGGGUUGAUGGGAGGUGGAGUUCAACAACAUCUGGAGGACCAGAUUACUGCAACAGUAUAUGCACCUGGGAGCAAGUGCCAUCCGUAGGUAAAUUUACACCAGUAGAUUGUUCCAUUGUUAUCUGUAUUUAUGCCAAUUGAAAAAUCACCUUAUGAGCUGGAACCUUGGAAUCAUUUCAGAGUAUUUUGAGAAGCUGGCCUCCUGCCACCCUCCCACCCCACCUUCUGAUUACUUAUUUUAGCAGUGUCCCUGUUUGUCUGCUUGCCCUUGUUUAGAUUAAAACCUCUAAGCUGCAGGGAAAAAUAAAUUCAUCCGACUGUAACAAAGUGGAGGAACAAGCACCAUAGGAGAAUAGCAGAUUUCUGUUUGGAUUGCUUUUGAGCACCUCCAUUUUAGCCUUAAGAUGCAUCUGCACUGAGAAAUCUUCAGGCUCGGGGUGUGCUUGUUCAUUACAUUCGUGCCCCCCACACUUGCAUCUUUAUUUGCUCCUACUUUAUUAAGAUCUCUGCCAUCCCCCUAAAUAUCAUGCUUCUCUUUUAUCUCUUUUGCUCUCUCUUUUUUUCUCUCUUUUAUUCCCUUUUGCUCUCAUGCCGUUUGCCUCUUAUUAUGCUUUAUUCCUUGCUUCUAGUUGAUUUAGGUCAGGGAUAGGGAAAUCAAACAGCAGCUUCAAACACCUUUGAUCAUUGGUCAUGUUUACUGGGUAUGGUGGGAACAGCAUCAGGGGGAUGGACAGACAGAUUCCCCAAUCCUCGUUUGCUCUGGAUCUGAUUAACAUUAUUUGUUUACUAUAUAUUGUUGAGACCUACCAUUUCAGACUAGCCAACAUGGUGCCCACCCACCCGAUUUUUUUGGACUACAGCCACCAUCAUGCUGGCUGGGGCUGAUAAGGGUUAUAGUUGACAAUAUUUGGGGAGCACUAUGUUGGCUACCCCCAACAACCCCCUCAUACAGUCAAAUACUGCAGAUUGUGUGCAAGCAGUUUUGUGUAGGUAGGUGUGUUUCUGUACUUAGAGCCAUGUCCUCAUUUGACAUUUUCUUCUUCCUUCCUAGGGUUGGUACAUCGUGACAUAUGCCUUGGGCAUCUACCACCUAAACCUUUUCAUAGCUUUCUUGUCGCCAAAGGUAGAUCCCUCUCUAAUGGAGGACUCAGGUAUAAAGAACAUCACUAGCCCUGCUUUUCUCUUGCAUGGGUGUUGGUUGUCGCAUGAAUUUAUUAUAUAUCAGAUGUGGGGAAGCCUUUUCAGCCUGAGGACCGCAUGCCAGUGCUGGACAGGGCCAUAGGCAAAAGUGGGGAGAGCAACAAAUGUCUAUUUCACCUUUUCCAUAACAGGCUAGUUUCUGUACGCAUUGCAUUAGUUAUGCUCCAUCCAGGCAAGAACGAAGCAUCAGAAGGCUUCAAGUACACAUUCCAGUCUGGCAAAAGCACACAAGGGGGGCAGGGUGUGUGUGCAAAGCAGGGCUGGUGAGCGAUGUAGCUUGGGGAGAGUCCUGAGAAUGUCCACAAUGAGAAAAGGAUGCUAAACCUGAUAUGUGUACGUACACACACACACACACACACACACACGAAAACCUAGAACAUAUUGGGGACUUAGGCACAGCUUAGUAUGUUUUAAGUUGCACCUGCUAUCUAUGGGUAUGAAGAGUGCUGGACUUUAGUGUGGAGUGCCAACCACUUCUCAACUUUAUUGAGUGGCCAGACUCCCAAUUAUCCCAACAGAAAACAGUGUCUUUUGUAGUGUUAUAACACUGUAUGUUUGCUUAUGGCCCUGUGUGGAUUUUCAUAGCAAGAACAACUGACUCCUGUAAAGUUUGAAUGUAAGAGUUCAACCAGUGCUAGCCACAUCCUGUGGAUUGCAUGGCACAUAACUGAACAUGACAUCUUCUAGGAGUUGAGUGAUUUCGUUUUUAGAUCCUAGGAUAAACAUAUAAAUGAUGUAUUAGAAAUGCUGACAGAGUUUUGACAGAGCCAGAGUUAGAAUCCCUGAUUUUGUAUUACUACCUUCACUUCCCUGUGGAUUAAAAUACCUCCCCUCCAAUUGAGACUGGAACGACAUUGCUUUCAUGUUUCAUACUUUGUGGAGAUCUGUGCUGCAGUUUCUCUUGCACGUAACAGCCCUUUGAUCACCUGUUAAUAAUUUUUUGUUUCCUUGUACACUUUAAUGGGUGAUUUGUCUCUAGCACAGUCAUUCAUACCUGCUCUAAGUAUGGUAGUAGUAACAGAGGGAGCCUCCUUACAUCAGAUAAGGCUGUCCAUUGAGCUCAGUAUUGUCCAUCCUGAUUGGCAGCGCCGGUCCAAGGUCUCUGGCAGAGGCCUCUCCAAACAUCUGCUACUGAACUUUGUUAAUUGGGCAUGCCAAGGGUUGAACCUGCAAGAGUUAAAUGCAGAAGAAAGCAGUUCCUAAGACUUUGCAUUUCCUCCUCUUCUCAGAUGAGGGUCCUUCAUUACCUACAAAACAAAAUGAGGAGUUUCGGCCCUUCAUUCGAAGGCUGCCAGAGUUCAAAUUCUGGUGAGUACGUUUUAAUAGCAAUGCAAAAGGAUUCAAGUCCCUGACCCUUCGUCUUUCCUGUUCUCCUGCCUCUCAUAGGCAUGCCUUCUCUUUGGCCUCAAGCUUGUGCCGCCUUCCUUACAGUGCGUACCUAACAGUUGCCCAGUUGCCACCUCCCCCAAAUCUCUGGCCUUGUAGUGCCUUUUCAGUAUGAGCCACCUCUUCCACAUAAUAGGUAUGCUUGAUUUGAAGGCUCAACUCAGGCGUCACAAGUCCAAAUAUCCACCAGUAUUGCAUUGAGCCUUAGUCUUAACCAUAACAUAAAUCACAGAAGGAGGGAGGGAGGGAAAGGGGAGGAGGAAAAGCAGCAAACUUGGGUACUAAACCUAGGUUACCAAGUUCUCGGAGACCAGCUGAAAUGGAAACAGUUCAGCUAGCCUGAUGAAAUGGCUACUGCUAGGUGACAGCUACAAGAAGGGUCCAAAGACAGCUGGUUCGUCUGCAUAAGUGAUAGAAUCUUCUUUUCUGCCUCUUAAGGCAUCAUAAGAGAACCUUCUGCUGUGAGGUGCAGGAUAGCAAUGCUGAGUAAGAGGUGGAAAUAGUCUUUUAUGGCUUGGAUGUCAGGAAUGUUGCUGUGGGCUUGGUCCUCCUUCCCACUCCUCUCCUAGGCAAGUUUCUCCCUCGGCUUCAUGGUUUUCUAUAACCAUUAUUUGCUGUGGAUCAGCAAAGUAUCAUUAGAGCCUUGAUUUCCAAGGAUGAUCAGAAGCCUCUUUUUGCAGACUGCAAUCCAGACGUUAGCACUAACCAUGAAUUGCAGAUUCAGGUGUCACAGCAAACUGUAGUUGGGGAAAACCAGGAAGUGGAGGGGAGAAUGCUGGAGAUCAGGAAUGGUAUGUGAAUUGGGCAUUAAUGUCCUUAAAAGAAUUUUAGUACACAAUCAACCUAACUGCAACUAUCUUUUCCUUCCAAGGCACUCUGCUACUAAAGGCAUCCUUGUCGCAAUGACAUGUACAUUCUUUGAGGCUUUCAAUGUUCCAGUUUUUUGGCCAAUUCUUGUGAUGUACUUCAUUAUGCUUUUCUGCAUCACAAUGAAAAGGCAAAUCAAGGUAAGAAUCUAACCAAGUUGUUCUUUUUUCCAGGUUGUGGAUUCUCCUAAACAUGAGAGAGAGGGAUUGCCCCAACAUAAUGGCAAUAUCACUGGCUAUGUUGUAGCUCAAAAAUUGCUAGUGGUGGUGGGGUUUUUUGAAAGACCCCCAUAGUUGGAGUAGAGUUUGAGGCUUUGUCUAAUGCUGAUGAGGGUAGUCUGGGGGCUGUUUCCAAUGUGACCUCCUUCCAAAAGCACCAUUUUUUUAAAAGAAAAAAAAUGACUUCUCCUUUGGAUCCCCUGCUGUGAAACUUGAACUCAAAAAACAUUUUAGUGGCCAUCCAGCUUUUAAAAGAAAAUGCUAAUUGCUCCCAUAGGCUCCCCCUAUUGAUAGUGAUGCCCCCCAAAGGCCUUAAUUUUUUUUAAAAAAAUAAGUGGAUUGUAUCCAAUUAAGUAUUACUAAGAGUAGAGCCAAUGGGAUGCGGGUGGCGCUGUGGUCUAAACCACAGGGCCUAGAGCUUGCUGAUCAGAAGGUCGGCGGUUCGAAUAUCUGCGACGGGGUGAGCUCCCGUUGCUCGGUCCCUGCUUCUGCCAACCUAGCAGUUCGAAAGCAUGUCAAAGUGCAAGUAGAUAAAUAGGUACCGCUCCGGCGGGAAGGUAAACAACGUUUCCGUGCACUGCUCUGGUUCGCCAGAAGCGGCUUAGUCAUGCUGGCUGUACGCCGGCUCCCUCAGCCAAUAAAGUGAGAUGAGCGUCACAACCCCAGAGUCAUCCAUGACUGGACCUAACGGUCAGGGGUCCCUUUACUCUUUAAGAGUAGAGCCAUUGACAUUAAUGAACCUAAGUUAGUCAUGUCCAUUAGCUUCAAUGGAUCUACUUUAGCUAAGACUGGUAUUGGUACAGCCCACUGUUCUUUGGUCACACCCACUUUGAUAUGUGGCCCCCAAAGGGUUGUCCAUGGCCCUCAGUUCCUCCAAAAAGGAUAGCCACUGCUGUUUAAACACAUGAGCACAUUCAGGUGUUUGAGGCGGAGUGGGCAGAGGGAGGGGAGUGCCGUGGGUGUGCUCUAAAAGCCUGUGUUUUUCUUUCCCUUUUGUUGCAGCAUAUGAUAAAAUAUCGAUAUAUACCCUUCACACACGGCAAGAGGAAAUACAAAGGGAAGGAAGAUGUGGGGAAGACCUUUGCUAGCUAG